AUCUCACCAGCCAAGCCGUUCAGUACAGGCUUUGACAUCCUUCUCCCUCCACUCAGGACGGCAGAGGCAGACUCGAUGGAUUUGCUAUCCCCUCUCCUUCCUGUCUCCCGAGAAACUUUUAUCCACUUCCACGGAGAACACUCUCCACAUCAACACCCAGGCUCUGGUGCUAUCACUCCACAACACAUCAGAAGUCUCCAGCAGCUCUUAAAAGGUAAAGAAAGAGUGGACAUUCAGCUCCAGUGCCAACAGCCAGCCACCGGGAAGACAAAGAGGGCAGUGGAGGGGCAGUGGAUGUUGUGUGGAGACCAGAAAUCUCGACUUGAGCUCUGUUCCAAGUCUAUGUUCUCCCUCGUCCCAAGUCCAGGUGGCCCUAACGCUGGAACAGGAGUCGGUAUCUAUACUAGACUGAUAGAGUCUCUGAUGUGUGGCUCUAUACCAGUUGUCGUUGGAGUAGGGGUUCUCCCAUUUGACGAAGUAAUUGACUGGAGUCGGGCAGGACUCAUCGUUCCUUCUGGCCGGUACUCUGAUAUCCUCUACAUCCUGCGUAGUGUUAGUUCAGGUGACAUUCAGAACUUCAGACUGAAGGGCCGACAUUUGUGGUACACCUACUUCAGCUCUCCACUGAGGGUUGUCCAGAUUGCUGUAGCCAUAGUGAGGUCACGGACUCUCCACCCACCUCCCCCUGCUCCUCACUUUGUCGGGAAGCAGCUCCUUUACCUCCCUGCCCCCCACCACAAGCAGAUUACCUCUCCUUGCUUCACCAAUAAUUUCACUGCCUACUCGUGGAGUUUCUGGAAUGAUAUCCCAGGUCCCCUGUUUUCCUACCCUUCAUCCCCCUUCAAUCCUGGAUUGCAUUUCAGUAGAUUGAACGAGGUCGCAAUUGCUCACAGUGCGUCGCAGUCAGCGAAAGGACGAGCUGCCAUAGAGUCAACUUUCAAGAAAAAUUUUCUUGUGAAUGUACCUCCUGAGCAGUUUACUGUGGUGAUAAUAACUUACAAAAGGAACGAAGCACUGAUGGAGGGGCUUGCACACCUUAAAGGGAUUCCUUCCCUAAACAAAGUGGUAAUUGUCUGGAACAAUGAGGAUGACCCAUCUGCUGACCUGAAGUGGCCCGAUAUUGGAAUACCUAUUGUGGUUGUCCGUGGUAAAGGUAACAGUUUGAACAAUAAGUUUCUGCCCUACAAGGAGAUAGAGACCGAAGCUGUGUUGCAACUUGACGAUGAUGUCCUUAUGGCUCCUGAGGAGAUAGAAUUUGGUUUCAGGCAAGUCUAUAUGCUUGGUGUAAUGACUGGUGUAUUUAGAGUUUGCAUGGCACUUGCUGUAUAU